GACGCUAAUGGAAGCCUUCGAGCGGGUUCCGUCGCAAUUCGGAUCAUAGAUGCUAUAUAUCCACGACAUGCAUGACACCUCGCACAACGUAUCACCACUUCUGAUAUUUCCUUCCGACGUCGACUGCACUUAUCCAGUGUCCACAUAUUGAUAGAAUCAUCCGUGGUUGCUACCUGCUAGUUACCGUGGGUCACGGUGCUCAGUACUUAUUACACGUUCUCAGAUCAGUUUUCCUGCCAUGGCAUCAUCUGAACUUGAAGCUCAUCCAGCGGGUGUGUACGAUGUAAUUGGCCUUGGAUUUGGCCCGGCAAAUCUUGCUGUUGCUGGAGCACUGCUGGAACAACCAAGAGAGACAUGCCCAAUAUCCGUGAACAGGUGUCUCUUUAUUGAGCGACAUCACGAAUUCAAAUGGCAUCCGGGCAUGCUCCUCCCAGGCACCCGUAUGCAGAUUAGUUUCCUGAAAGAUUUGGCAACCCUGAGGUCGCCACAAUCUCCUAUCACCUUCCUUGCAUACUUGCACUCCCAAAACCGCCUGGUGGACUUCAUCAACCGUGGCUGCACUACUCCGACGCGGAAGGAAUACUCGGAUUACCUUACCUAUGUCGCGCAAUACGUGCAAGGUCAAGGCAUCAGAAUCGCUUAUGGCGAAAAUGUCAUUGCAUUUGAAGAAGGGCGUGAAGGCACCAUUCAGGUCCAUAGCAGGGUGCUUACCACGGGCGUAACUAUAAUUCGUCUUACAAAAAAUUUAAUCAUCUCACCAGGAGGUUCACCAUGGGUCCCGCGGUGUAUUCAGGCCAUCCUACCUCACCCUCGUAUCAUUCACAGUUCUGAGUACUUAUGUUCUGUAGAGCCGGUGUUGGCCACGUUGAAGGCAACCACCCGGUCACUCAAAAUUGCGGUUGUCGGUGCGGGGCAAUCCGCAGUGGAAGUACUGCUCGACCUCCGCUCGCGGCUCACUAGCAUGGGCAUGAGUGACGGCCAAGCACACAACCUCCACCUCAUCAUUCGUGGUGGCUCGUUGAAACCAAGCGAUGGCGGUCCCUUUGCAAACCAGGUAUACAAUCCGGAGUAUGUAGACGUUAUGUAUAACCUGCCGAGUGACUCUCGAAAAAGAGUAAUGGCAGACUACAAGACCACAAAUUACGGGGCUGUAAAUCCGCGUACGCUUGAUUCACUCUACGAAGUUAUGUACGACCAUCAAGUAGACGGUGACAUCGCUAGACGCAGGGGAAAUACGACGCCCGUGACCAGCGCGCGUAUUACCAUCAUACCCUAUAGUAACCUGUCGUCAGCGGAGAUCAACACACAUCCUUCACAAACCUGCUCAGAGCCAGAUACGCUCUCGAUUCUUUUGCAGAAUACCCUCACACAGGAUUUCUCUGAGGCAAUAUAUGAUGUCAUCAUCUGCGCUACUGGCUACGAGCGAUAUUCAUGGAUGAACCUCUUGAAAUCAUCCAGCUUAGGCAAGCAAUUCGGCCUGUGCGCUACCUCAAAUAAUACGUGCCUCGCCGUGGAGCGCGAUUUGGGAGCGACCGCGAACAGGAAGAAUGGCAAUGUUUUGACGGCCGUGAACGGGAAGAAUGGCAAUUUUGCAGCGGCCGCGAAUGGGAGAAAUGGUCAUUCGCGGACACCGGACAUGGGGGUCAACGCACAGGAUUUACCAUGUACAUCCUUGGAGACCAAAAUUUCCGAUACACUCUAUAUUUCGCGACGUUAUAGACUUCUUCCACUGCCAACGACUGGUCAUGGAUUUAUUCCGAGGAUAUACUUGCAAGGUUGCGCAGAGGACACGCAUGGAUUAAGCGAGACAUUAUUGAGCGUGGCGGCAAUUAGGGCGGGGGAGAUGGUAGAAGACUUGUGUUCGAAUUAUUAGGGAAUUUAGGACCGACGAUGCGCAUGGAUUUUUAUGAUUUUAUGUAAAAUACGCACCUUUGAUCUUCAACGCGCGAAUGUGUUGAACUUUACUGUAUCAUUACUGCUUGCUACUAUUGAAUAUUGAACGCUUCAGCUUCGAGUUAACGUUCGUCAUCGACACGGCGC